AUGCUCUGGGUCAUCUCUGCCAGGACUGCCAGACUGAAGGUGAACAAGGAGGAGGUCCAGCUUCUGGAUGGGCAGAGCAGGGCUGCCCGUUUCCACAUCCAGGUGGUUCUGGGGAGUGUGGUUCAGGGCCCUGGAGUGGAAACCAUCACGUCCACGGUGCUCAAAACACAGGUACCCCAGAACUUGUUAGCUACCUGGGAGGUGGACUGCUCCAGCCCCAGCUGUGUGCGGUGGUGCAGUCUCACUUUAAAGAAGCUAGUGGUCUCCAAGAAGCUGAUCAAGGACCUCAACUCUGUGGUGAUUUCUGUGAAUAUUCAGGACUCCAAGGGCAUCCUGAGGUCCCAAGAGAUUGUGCUGCCCCGCAGUAGACCAGUGCAGACCAACCUGGUGCUGACCUUCUCCCUGCAGAACAACCACUUCCUCAAGAGAGAAGGCAAUAAGCUCCAGAUCAUGCUGGAGCAGAGGAAGCGCUAUAAGAACAGAACCGUUCUGGGCUACAAGACACUGGCCACGGGCGCCAUCUCCAUGGAUGACAUCAUGCAGCAAAACCCCAAGUGUGGCCAGAUGAUGAGCCUCUGCAGCAGAGUCAAGGAGUCCUCCACCAAGGUGGCCGAAAUCUGGAUCUCCUCACUGUGCAGUCAGCCCAUCAACGAGGAGGACAGUGCCAUACAAGCCAAUCUCAAGGCUGAGUGCUCAGAGAACCACUCUAAGGGCAAGUCUGAGAACUUCCUCUCGAAGCUAGGGGCCAGCUGCAAUGCCGGCCACAGGCAGGACCAGGAGGAGGAUGACUUUGACGAGGGGAAUCUGAUUGUCAGAAGGAGCUCCAUGACUCGGCAACAGAACUACCACCAGAAAGUCUUGUUAUGGCUGCACACAGUCAAAGUAUCAGAGGAGAUCCUGGACAUUGGGCAGGAAGGACUAUGUGGAGCAUUCCAGGGGGUGGAGGAGGACCUGGACCUCCUGUAUGAUAUGCUGGAGAAUGCCAGUGACAGUGGCCCAGACAUGAGGGACAAUCACAGUGUCCUCAGCAGCCCCAAUCCCAAGCUCAGGCCAUACAUGGAAGGCCUGUCAGACUCCAGCUUGCCGAUGGAGAUGCAGGACCUCCACAGCACCAGAAUCCAAAAGGAGCCUCUGAGUCUGGCCCACAUGCCUGAGAACAGGAGGUCCUCAGGAGGCAAGCAGCCAAGUGAUAGUGGCUCUGAAUCAAUGGCCCACGGAAUUCGGUCCCCUGGGGAGCAGCUGGAGGACAGCCUGGAGGCAGAGUCCUCCAUCUGGGGUUGGUUCACCAAGAAGCUGCCAUCCAUAGUGCGCUUCACCAAGUCUGUAGUCAUCCCCUUCAUCAGGUCCAAGGGGAAACAGGCUGGCCACUGGGGCUGCAACACAGCCCUGAAUGAGUGGUUCAACGGCCUGGACAAUGACAGCCCAGACCUACAGAACCAGCGGCAGAUACCCAGGAAGCCCAUGAGUGACCAGCCAAACAACAUCCUCAUUUCCCAGGACAAGCUGCCCGAGAACAUCAUCCUGGUCAACACUUCGGACUGGCAGGGCCAGUGCCAGUUACUUUCAGACAUCCUGCAGGGGCAUACACUGCCUGUGGUGUUCACUUGUUCCACAGUUGAUGUCCAGAAGGCAUUUAGCAUCAUCAUCUCCUGGAUGCAGAGAUAUUGCAACUGCAAUUCCCAAGUGGACUACAUGCGUUUUCUGGUCAACCCGCUGGGUUCCCACCCCCUGGCCAGCUACCUGGGUUCCAUGGAAUGUCGCUACAACAACUUCUUCCAGGACCUAUACUGGUGGGAGAUGUUCAACAACCUGGAGUCCCAGAACAUCUUGCAGGACACACAGGACGUUUUGUCGAAAAUCACUGAGUGUGCCAACUGUGUCUACUUGCUGCCCAUCCCAGAGGCCCUACUCAAUGAGCAGCAGAAGCUCCCCAACGAGAAGUCCUCACAGAAGCUCAUUCCCUUAGUGGGGGCAGCGAAGGUUGGAAGAGUGGAUCGAUCUUCAGCCAUGUCAAGGGAUUCAGAUGAUGUGGACCACUCAUGCUCCAGUGUUCUUCCUGCCAGGAAGGCCUCACCCAACACACUCUCCCCUCCAUCAAUGAGUGGGGGCCUGUCCUCCCCUAGCCAGAGUGUCCAUGCAGAGAUGAUGGAGCUUCAGGUGCAUUACUGAAUGGAAGCCCAACCAAUAUACACGAAGAGAAUUGUGGAGAAGAAAGACCUGCCUACCGCCAAAAGCACACUCAAGUGCUUCUUCCAGUCUAUCCAGGCCAGCAAGCUGCUCAGCAGUGGUGAGGCCAGAGCAACACCCACCAUGUCCAUGAGUGUCACCAAUGAGAUGAAAAAGACGGCGCCCAAGAAAACCAAGAACGAGGAUGUGGAGUCCACAAGCCAGUGCAUUGAGGGCAUCUGUCACCUGGUUUGCAGGGCAAAGAACCAGCAGAAAAUGCUGCCAGUCGUCAUUGAUGGCAUGGAGUGGAACGACGUGACGUUCUUCCAGCUGGCAGCCCAGUGGUCCUCUCACAUCAAGCUCUUCCCCAUCUGCAUCUUUGGACAUUUCAAUUCCACAUUCUAG